ACAUAUCCACAGCCACCAUAUAUAAUAUCAUAAGUCAUCAUUUCGAAAUAGUAUCUCAUUGUUCUAAUGAUACUAUUAUUGGAUAUUAUCUCUUAAUAAUGACUUGGGUAUGCAUUAUAUUUUUCCAUGGGACGGAAGCAGGCUUUCAUGUUGUUCUUCAUUAAUAUCUAUCAGGUUGUACGAGUGUAAAAUGUCUGAAAGAACAACACUUUUGAUUUACAAGCAUACACUAUACAGAGCAUCAAAGAUAAUGGCGAGAUGAAGCACUUUGUCCAGACAACCACUGGGGGCGACAGGUAACGGUGCGUUCUUUGACUUGACUGGAGAUGCAGGUUAUUAUAUCUGCUGCAUGUUUUCCUGAGAGCAGCUAUUUGACCGUGGACUACAGUCAUUGUCGCUCUCCAUUACUCAAGGGCUUCAUUCUCUAAGAGGAGUUCGAUCAUUGGCUCCUCAGCCGUGGCUGUGUCUGUCAUCUCACUGUGAAGCAGCGGAAAUUAAAGCUCGUAAUGUUCAACCCGCACAUCCAUCAGCAGCAGCAGCAACAGCAGCAGCAGCAGCAGCAGUUUCACCAGCAUCUGCGGCAGCUACAGCAACUUUUCCAGCAGCAGCCUCCGCCUCCCCCUCCGCCGCAGCCGCCUCCCGGGCAUCAUGUCGCCCAUCACCACCACCAGACACCGCGACCCAUGCCUGUACCUCCGCAGGCUGCCCCUUCCCCCAGGAUGGUCAACCUGUGCCAGACGACCCAGACUACCAUCAUUGCCCCUAAUCCCAUGCUGCAGGGGGCCAUUCUAAUGCAGCAGAUGCAGGGUAACAUGCGGGGCUUUGGGAUGGGUGGGCAGCAGUUCCGCCAGUUCUUCGGUGCCAGGUCGUCUCUGCUUGGGCCAGUUCCCAUGGGCAUGGCCAUCAAGCCUCCCAUCAUGGGUUUCCCUGCUGCUCGACCCUUUCACCCACACACUCGCUACUACAACAACAACAACAGCAACACCACCACCACUACAGCCACCAACACAGCCCCUUCCUUUUCCUCUUCAUUCUCCUUUUCAUCCACCACCACAGAUCCCAUAGUUCAUCAGCCAGACAAGAAACAGGAUAGCGAGCAGUUAGCAACAGGGAGCACAGAGGACCAGCCUGCAGCAAACAGUACCAGUGAACCCAACAAUACAUCUGAAACGGCGUUGGUUUCACCGUUUCCCCUAACAGUUGUAGUGGUGGAAGAAAAAGAUGGACCCACACAGGUCUUGGAGGAGCAAGUGGAAGAACCUGCAGUGAAAAAGCGGAGAACAGAGGGGUCAGAGACAAUAACUACUGUAGAUGCCGAUGCAGAGGUUCCUUCUGCAGAGUGCAACAACAACACAGAAGAGUGUCAGCCUGACGAUUGCGUCCUUUUGGAAGGAGGUUCCUCAGUGGAAUCAGAUGUUGAGAUGCUGGAGGAAAGCAGAGCUGAUGAGAGCUGUUUGUUUGCCCCGUCACCCUCCGGCAGACUUGGUGAAGAUGACCAGCAGGUUGAUUUACUCGAAGAGGAGCUGCCACAGGAGAAAGACAACUCCUUGGGUUCACCAGGCAACCACGAUGAAGGGGAGGAGGGCGUAGCUGACGGCACCAACAAGUUUUACUGCUACCUCUGCAGUAUUACCUGCCACAACCAGCAAAAUUUCAGGAGUCACAUGAACAGCAUUUCCCACCAGCAGAGGAUGAUGGAGAUCCAACACAUGAGCAACGCCUGUCUGGUCACACUACUGCCACGAGUGCAGGAGACUCUGCAGGGAGCAAUGAAAGAGGGAGAGAAAAAGGCAGACUUGAAGUGUUGGUGCGCCACCUGUCACACCCACUUCAGCAGUAGCAUCAUGGAACACCGUCGCACCGAGGAGCACAAACUUGCCAGUAGAACAGCCAUCUCCUCUUGCAUGGUCUGCAAGAAACACUUCAGGACCUCCCAGAUCUUUGUGGAGCACUUGCAGUCCCAGGAGCACAAACAGAAAAUGGACAAGCUCCAGGAAGCGGACGGCUGUGCAGCCUUGGCCAAACUUAAUGCCAUGGACACAGAUGGCUUUUCAAUGGAAGAGGAGGAGGGCAGUGAAGGGGAGGAGGGAGAGGAAAGACAGACAAAUGAUGAAGAAGAAGAUGUCUCAGAAAAGCAGGAUGACUCGUCGUCCCAUAAAGAAGUGACUCUGAAGAACAUGGGCAGUGAUGAGCAGUAUGAUCCUGACACAGUCUACGGGUCCAGUUUCUUUGUUCCAGUCGCAGGUUUCAUUUGCAGACUUUGCAAAAAGUUUUACCACUUUGAAUCCUCUGCCCUUCACACUCACUGCAAAUCACUGACGCACUUCGAGAACCUCAAGAGCUACAGAACAUUGCUCAGUCAAAAGGGCGUGGUUGCAAAAUCUCCUAGAGAAUCUCUCUCGGCUACAGACAGCCUCAGGCCUGUAACAGAAAGCACCGUGGACGGCUCAGAGUACAAUUCCUGUGACUCUGGUUCAGUGACGGACCAGAACUCAGAACAAGUGCAGUUCAACAUUACAUUAACUCAACAUGAGACGGAAACAGAACCUGACCCGACUGCACAUGAGUCUCCCACCACCUCAGCGACCUGCACAGACCUCAGCCUCCACAGCAAAGACGAAGAGAGUGCAUCCACCGCUCCCCAGGAGACUCCUGCUGAGCUGCCUACUGGCAGCAGAGAGGAGCCAGACUCUGAGCUGACAACAACAGUAGAGGAUGCUAAUGAAAAGGUGGAGGAAGAGGAGGAGGAAGUGGUGGAAGCGCCUGCUGUCCCAGGGAAAAAGAACGGCACAGGGAAGGCAAAAGCUGCACCCAAACGCAGGUCAGGGAGGGCCUCAAACAGACGCUGAGUGUAGAAAAGACGGGAAACCUGGUACAACCUUAGUGCAGGAUGUAUCGGUACGUGAACCGGUGCUUUCAUCAAACAGCGACCAAGAAAUACACAACACAGCCUCUCUCUCUCUCUCUCUCUCCACACUGGACAAUUAAACACACAAUUAAAUAGGAAUAUUGAUGAUGAGGGACUGUUGUGGAACAUGACCUGUCAUGUGAAUUGGUGUCCCAGGAUGGGGCAAUUGAUGUCUGACACUUUAUUUUGUCUCACAAUUGGAUUGUAGUGUUCUUAAAGUGGGAUUACAGGCUAAUUAAAUUACAGUAUUUAGCAUUUGACCCUAAUAUAACACAUUUAUAUCAGUCUUGGAUCCAUGUGGCAUAAUUACAUGUAGCACCAAGUGUUUACACCGGCAGCUGUUAAUUGGAUAUCUUUUGACAGUUAUGUUCCGCAGAGGACAAAUCUUAAUCAUUUUGAUUAUCCUUUGGUCAUUCUUGGCUUGAUCCUGUUAAAUAUCACAACUGCAACAUCUCAGAGGGUAAUUCCUCUGAGAUUAAUGACUUUUGCUUUGGCAUGGACACAAAUUACAGGUGUACAAGGUCCAGUGAACUUAAAAAUGUAUUUCUUUGAAAUUUGAUUCCCCCAAAGCUUCGUAUGACAUAUAGUAACUCUGGUGUUGUAACAUACUUCACAUACAUCAAUAGCAUUACUGUUAUUGACCAAAUACUCAAUUUCAAUUUUAAAAUUGAAAAUUAAAAUUGAAAAAAGCAACACUGGUAAAAAGCAACACUGUAGAUUCAUGAUCUUGUUUGAGUAGCAGUAUUCUCAAUGAGUUACUCUUCAAGUAGGUGAAUGGUGGGUCUUAAUGAUGGAUUCAUCUACAUGUUGAAUCAGUGAACACAUUUCUGGUUUUGCCACACACCUUUCUAUAUAAUACAAUCCGUUACUACCUUUUUGACACUAUAUGACUGAGGUUAGGGCUAGAUUUUCUAUCCAGCCGUUUCUGGCUGAUUUUUUUCAAAAAUAUCUAGCAAUUUAGACAAACGAUAGUUGACUUGUAGCAAAAGCUUUCAAGUGUAAAAGACUGUUGAUGGUCAAGUGGAGUCGUUCUCCACACUGCUAACCAUUUAGCACAUGCUUUUAGUGAUCUCAAAUUUAGAAUGUGAGCAAAUACGGUAUAUGCUGCUGAUUUAAAAGUGUUACAGUGGUACUUUGAAAUGAUGAACUGUCAAAGUGACGGUGAUGCGUCGUUCAGAUAGUUGUAUUCUUUCAUGACGUGUUAGGUUCAGGUUGGUGUGAGCAGGAAAGUUGUCAGCGUUUGUUGGUCCGCCAUCAGAAAUUAUUCUUUUAUUUUGUUGUAUUUGAAGCAGCCUUUCGUCAUGUCGGGGAAAAUGAAAGGCUUCCUGCUGACAAACGUGUAACAACUGUCACUGACUACUCAUGCUCACAGAAAUGUGUCUGUGUCGUGCUGGUUUUGAAAUUUCAAACAUGGCUUUGAAGAUUUAUGCUGCUAAAAACUUAACAGGCUGCAGUUUGUUUGUUCUUUUUUGGGUGUGUUGUUGUGGACUGCAUCCUCUUAUCACCCUUUACACUCAAAAUUCGUAAAGCUAAAAGGUUUUGGAUGGAAUCAAUCAUGUUUACCGUCACAUUCCCAUGGAUGUUUGUCGAGUGACUGCAUUAGAACAAUAGUUUGUUUCCCAGUUCCAUGGAUGAAAAAUCCCUUUGAGCAUUAACAGCACAAAAAUAUAAUAAGAGUUUGUGCUCUUUUGCCACCGUUAUGAUUUUUUCUUUUUCCUCUCAUUGAAGAUGCUUGAAUUGCAAUGCACUGGACAGUUGAAAUCACACUUGAGUAACAGUCUCAGUAUUAACUGCAAGAAAAACCCAUGAAGUAUCUGUAGUUAUUUAAUUUAGCGAAGGAUCUUAAACUCUGGUGAGAAGCAGCAGCAGUAAUACAGAAGGCUUUCAUAUACACAUUUAAGUUUGGUUCCUGUGUCUCAGCAGUCACUUGUCAACACAAGACUCAUACAUGUAUAUAAGGGUGUAUUAUUUCCUUCAUCAUGACUAGGGAGGGUAUUUUUUUUUACCACGGAAUGAUCAGUAAUGUGUAAGGUCCCAUCUGAAGGAAGAAGACAUGAGCAGGAGAGAGGACAGCUGUGUGUUUCUUAUUGCAUUUUUAUUCAACUACUGACAAACUGAGAUGAACAAACAGGUGAUGUUUUCUAAUCGCUGGAAGUUUAAUGUAUUUUUGGAUGUUUGCUUUCUUGUUGGGGGAUAUUUUAAUUUAUAUUAAAAAUGUCUGACAAUUUCAA